UCGAGAAAAUCGUGAAAUGAGAUGUGUGUGGAUACCAAUACAAGCCAAUGGAACCACAUUUCUUGAAUUUUGGAAAUUCUGCUAAGAGUAGAUAUUACACAAUUUUUUUUUUAAAAAAAAAUGAGCCAAAUGUGGACUCAAGUAAUUCAUUACGUGAUAUAAAUUUGUUAAUUCAAAGAGAUUUUUAUUUUUUAUGAUGGUUUUCAUUCCCUUUUUUUCCCCUGAAAUGCAGCAUAGAAUCUGAAUUUUGAUUAUUUUUUACUAAUUUCAGGAUCACACAUUAGACUACAUAAGAUUUUGGGACCCAUCAAAAUCUUUCAAUGAUAUAAACCGUGGAACCAUUAGAAGAGUCAGUAGUAACAUCUGUUAUUGAGUUUUGGAGAAUUUUUAGCAACAAGAAUAAAAGAUGUCUCAAAAUACAUCAAAGAAGGCGAUUCGGAGCCCAGGCAGCAGCGGAGGCCCAAGCAGCCGAAAUGGGCCCGCUCAAACGGUAAAAUUCGCGAGGCGGACUUCCAGCGGCCGCUACAUCAGCCUCUCAAGGGACGACCUGGACAAUUCAGGCGAGAUGUCAGGCGACUACACAAACUACACAGUGCACAUUCCUCAGACACCUGACAAUCAGCCGAUGGAUGCGUCGGUGGCGGUGAAGGCCGAGGAGCAAUAUGUGUCCAAUUCUCUAUUCACAGGGGGAUUCAAUAGUGUGACGCGGGCCCACCUCAUGGACAAGGUGAUUGAAUCUGAGGUGUCCCACCCCCAGAUGGCCGGAGCCAAGGGCUCGUCCUGCGCAAUGCCGGCCUGUGAUGGCAAGGUCAUGAAGGACGAGCGAGGCGAGGACGUGGACCCUUGUGAAUGCAGGUUUAAGAUCUGUAGAGACUGCUACCUGGAUGCAACAAGAGAGGGAGGUGUAUGCCCAGGGUGCAAGGAACCAUACAAAACAGGGGAGUAUGAUGACGACGACAUGCCGAACUUCUCCAUCGGUGCAUUGCCAUUGCCGGCCCCAUCUAACGAAGACUCAAAGAUGGAACGUGGGAUGUCGUUGAUGAAACCAAACAAGUCGAUGUUAAUGAGGACUCAAACCAGUGACUUUGAUCACAAUAGAUUCUUGUUUGAGACAAAGGGAACUUACGGAGUUGGGAAUGCCUUUAAUCCUAAACAAGCGGGUUAUGAUGGAGAAAAUGAAGGUUUUGAUGGAGGCAUGAUGGAAACCAUGGAGAAGCCAUGGAAGCCGCUGACGCGUAAAAUUCCUGUUCCAGCAGCUAUCCUUAGCCCUUACAGGUUGUUUAUCCUCCUCCGCUUCGUAUUCCUGUUCUUUUUCCUCUCAUGGCGUAUCAAACACCCAAAUGAGGACGCCAUGUGGUUGUGGGCCAUGUCGAUCGUGUGCGAGGUAUGGUUCGCCUUCUCAUGGAUACUAGACCAAGUCCCCAAGCUAUGUCCUUGUAGUCGGAGCACUGAUCUAGCCGUCCUGAAAGAGAAGUUCGACAUGCCGAGCCCAUCCAACCCAACGGGAAGGUCAGAUCUCCCGGGUAUGGACGUGUUCGUAUCGACUGCUGAUCCUGAUAAGGAGCCUCCUCUCGUAACAGCCAACACCAUCCUAUCGAUCCUAGCCGUAGAUUAUCCCGUCGAGAAGCUAGCAUGCUACAUAUCUGACGACGGUGGGGCCCUCCUCACCUUCGAGGCGAUGGCAGAGGCAGCCAGCUUCGCUGAUUUGUGGGUCCCAUUCUGCAGGAAACACAACAUCGAGCCCAGGAAUCCUGAUAGCUACUUCAACGUAAAAGGGGACCCCACCAAGGGGAAGAGUAGGUCUGAUUUCGUUAAGGACCGUCGGAUGAUAAAGAGGGAGUAUGAUGAGUUUAAGGUCAGGAUUAACGGCUUACCUGAUGCUAUUAGGAGGAGAUCUGAUGCGUUUAAUGCGAGGGAAGAGAUGAAGAAAUUGAAGCACAAAAGGGAGACUGGGGCUGAUCCGCUGGAACCCAUAAAAAUUCAGAAGGCCACGUGGAUGGCUGAUGGGACCCACUGGCCUGGGACGUGGGCCAGCCCAGCUGCUGAUCAUAAAAAAGGUGAUCAUCCAGGCAUUCUCCAGGUAUUACUGAAGCCACCGAGCUGCGACCCUCUGGUAGGGUGUGACGGUGAGAAGCUAAUCGACUGCACCGACGUCGACAUCCGCCUCCCAAUGUUCGUCUACGUUUCACGGGAGAAACGAUCGGGCUAUGACCACAACAAGAAAGCAGGAGCAAUGAAUUGCCUGGUGCGAGCCUCAGCCGUUUUAUCCAAUGGACCAUUCAUACUCAAUCUCGACUGUGAUCACUACAUCUAUAAUUGCCAAGCCAUACGAGAAGGCAUGUGUUUUAUGAUGGAUCGAGGUGGGGACCGCAUCUGCUACAUCCAAUUCCCCCAGCGCUUCGAAGGCGUCGAUCCCUCUGACCGUUACGCCAACCACAAUACCGUUUUCUUCGACAGCAACAUGCGUGCUCUAGAUGGUCUGCAGGGUCCGGUAUAUGUCGGAACAGGAUGCCUUUUUAGACGGUUUGCUUUAUAUGGGUUCGACCCUCCACGAGCAAAAGAAUACACAGGUUGGUUUGGGAAGAAGAAGGAGACGACGGCUCCACGUCCUGAGGGUGAAGGACAGGCACUGCAUGCUGAUGAGUUUGAUAAUGAGCUAGAUGUAGCAUUGCUGCCUAAACGUUUUGGCAACUCAACUGUCUUGUCUGAGUCAAUACCCAUAGCUGAGUAUCAAGGUCGUCCAAUUGCAGACCACCCUGGCAUCCUGCAUGGUCGACCGCCGGGAGUUCUUACAGUCCCACGCGAGCCGCUUGAUGCUGCAACCGUUGCUGAGGCUGUUUCGGUUAUUUCUUGCUGGUACGAGGACAAAACCGAAUGGGGUGACCGAGUCGGCUGGAUUUAUGGGUCGGUGACGGAGGACGUGGUGACAGGAUACCGCAUGCACAACCGUGGCUGGCGCUCCGUCUACUGCAUCACAAAGCGUGAUGCCUUCCGUGGCUCGGCACCCAUUAACCUAACUGACCGGCUCCAUCAGGUCCUUAGGUGGGCAACCGGUUCUGUUGAGAUAUUUUUCUCCCGCAACAAUGCCAUCCUAGCCUCCUCCAAGAUGAAGAUACUCCAACGUUUGGCCUAUCUCAAUGUUGGCAUCUACCCAUUCACAUCACCUUUCCUCCUUCUCUAUUGCUUCCUACCAGCACUCUCCCUCUUCUCAGGACAGUUCAUAGUACAAACCUUGAAUGUAACCUUCCUUGUAUACCUCCUCAUCAUAAGCGUAUCACUCAUUGCCCUUGCCGUCUUAGAAGUGAAGUGGUCUGGCAUCUCGCUAGAGGAAUUGUGGAGAAAUGAGCAGUUUUGGCUAAUAUCAGGGACAAGUGCUCACAUUGCAGCUGUGGUGCAAGGCCUACUGAAGGUGAUAGCAGGGAUAGAGAUAUCCUUCACGUUGACGUCGAAAGCUGCAGGCGAUGAUAAUGAGGAUAUCUACGCAGAACUAUACAUGGUGAAAUGGACGUCCCUAAUGAUACUGCCGAUUACGAUCAUGAUGACUAACAUAUUAGCGAUAGCGGUUGCAUUUUCAAGGACCGUAUAUAGUGAGAUCCCGCAAUGGAGUAAGCUACUGGGAGGAGUAUUUUUUAGCUUUUGGGUAUUGGCUCAUCUAUACCCUUUUGCUAAGGGUUUAAUGGGGAAGAGAGGGAAGACGCCGACGAUUGUGUUUGUGUGGUCGGGUCUAAUGGCAAUCACAAUCUCAUUGCUUUACAUUGCUAUCAAUCCACCCAAACCGACAGGAGCUGUUGUAGCUGCGACAGGAGGAGGUUUCCAGUUUCCAUGA